AAGGUAAAAUUAGAUUCACUACCCCCCCCCCCCCAGUUGACAGGGGUCGCCAGUCACUAGCACUGUUAUUUUGGGGGUCCCGGGCUGAAAGGUUUGGGAACCCCUGCACUAACAGCUUCUUAUCACUUCAUUUACCUGCCAGAAACGAUAGACUAUGAUGUAGUAAUGGGAAGAUCCUGCUUUACAUAAUCUAGCAUAAAUGUUAAAUGUCUCAAUAUUAGUGUCGACAAGCCCGUUAUAUAUAACGGCUUCUUUAUCUGUGUUUAUAAGACGUUAACUUUACUAUUAUGUGUGUAGGUAUUCAUCUUAAGUUAAAUGCAGAUCUUUUUCUAUCCUUUCAGACUUUUUUUAGGAUAAUAAAAGUUGUUCUCAUGUAUUUGUAAGUGUGCUGACACACUGUUGCCUCUCUGUGCCGGUGGGUAUAAGUGUCGGGUUUAUUUGGGCAUCUCAGAUUUACCACCGCUCACAAGGUGCUGGGACCAGCCUGCGGACGAACUGUUAGUCUGCAUCUUCUUAAAGCGGUACGUGGCUCCACAUUAUUGCUUUUGGCCUUUUUAGCAUUCUUUUAAUCUCUUUGCGUCUCUGUACUUGGAGUCUAUAUUUGUUAGCAAACCGGUGCUAUGAAUAGUUUGUCAAAUUAGCUGCUACUGUCUGUUGGUGCACGGACAACUACUGGAUUAUUUAAAACAAGUUGUAGCAUCUCGGUUCCUACUUUUAUAAAUAGAUUAUUUCAUGUUUAUUUAUGAAGCACCCCAUGAGAUAAUGAUUUAAACUGAAUCAUUGUAAUGUGUUUAAUGUCAAAGACAGUUCACUUCAUACAUUCCUCCAAAUAAAGUCAGAAUUCUCUGAUAUCAUGCUCCACGUUUCUCCUCUGUUUAUCUACCAUAUAUCUGCUGUUAAUCUACAGUUUACCAUGCUGUAUGGAGGCAUCGCUGGUGUUCAGGCUCCAUGAGCGAGGUCCAGAGGUGGUGAGGGAGGUGCUCUUGGAGCGAGGAUGGGAGGAAUAUGAUGAGGAGGAACGGGAGGAAGAGGACUGGAACUUGUACUGGAGAGGAUCUGCGUUUCGCAACUCAGAAUAUCUCAACCUAAUGCCAUGGCAGCGCCUCAACCACCAUCCCAAGACUGUCGGGAUCACACGCAAGGACUGUUUGGCACGCAACCUGAAGAGAAUGAGAGCCACGUUCGGUUCGUCUCUCUACGACUUCAGUCCCACCGCCUUCAUCCUGCCCAACGACUACACUCGCUUCCUGUCUGAGUACAACAAAGUGACCAGAGGACCGUCGGCCUAUUGGAUCUGUAAGCCUGUGGAUCUCUCCAGAGGCCGAGGCAUCUUCAUCUUCGAGGAUAUGAGGGAGUUAGUCUACGACUGCCCUGUGAUCGUACAGCGCUACAUCGGUAACUCUCUGCUCAUCUCCGGCUACAAGUUCGACCUGAGGAUCUACGUCUGUGUGAAGAGCUUCCAUCCACUCACGGUUUACAUUCACCAGGAAGGUCUGGUGCGCUUUGCCACCGAGAAGUACAACCUGUCAUCUGUGCACAACCUGUGUGCUCAUCUCACCAACACCAGCAUCAAUAAGUUCAGCCCCUUCUACAAGUCGGAGAAGGAGAGAGUGGGCCGAGGCUGCAAGUGGACCAUGAGCAAGUUCAGGCACUUCCUCCAGAGCCAAGACAUCAACGAGCUCCUUUUGUGGCAGAGGAUCAACAACAUCGUGACUCUGACGCUCCUCACCAUCGCUCCCACCGUCCCUUCCUGUCCGAACUGCGUGGAGCUGUUGGGGUUCGACAUCCUGAUCGAUGCAGAGUUCAAACCGUGGCUUCUGGAGGUGAACUACAGCCCCGCGCUGACUCUGGACUGCCAAGCUGAUAUCACGGUGAAGAGAGGGCUCAUUGGCGAUCUGAUUGAUUUGAUGAAUUAUACAUUAACUGACAGCUUGAGAGAGAGGGCGUUUCAGAGACAAGGGUACAACAAACGUUGUAUCCAUGCUCAACACGCAUCACCUGUUUCAAUACCCGUGCUUAAAGAAACCAAAUAUCAGAAGCGAAGAAACCAAUCUUUACAGACUCUCCCUAAGAUAAAAACUCAUCACCACCCUGAAAAAAUCAACCAAAGACAACAUGCUUUUGCAGCGGUUUACCAAAGACACCUUCCCCCUCUUCACCUAGACAAGAAGUAUGCAUCCAAAGUAGUGGCAGCCAACAAAUCCGACACCGAUGACAGGACCUUAAACCUGAUCCUCGGCCCACAGUCGAGAACUGACGUGUCAGUGGUGAGCAGACAGACGUGGUCAGAUCGUGCUCCGUGGCUGACAGACAGGAGUCUUCGUGUGUCUGAGGUUACAAACUACGACGACACUGAAACAGGAGCCGAGGCGGACGUUUCCUCUUCGUUAGCAGAGAUCCCACACAGGGGGCUUGGGUUCAGGCGUGAAAAGCUCCAAGACAUUUACAGACACCUUUUUGAAGACCAAAACAACUACAACAGACCCCAGUUCCACGCCAUGGUGGAGUCCAUGAAGACGGCCGCGGAACAGGAGGACGGCAUUCGCCAGCAUGUCAACUGGCUCCAGCCUGCUGAGCCAGCUGACAUGUCCACGCCGGCCACAGGAGGCCGCAAGCGGAGAGACGCCCACAGCAACCGCCUUGGCGUCAGACUCGCCCUUCGGCGGCUGCAGGGGCUCCGUCCCACGUCUCCGCUCCCCCAGGGGAGACAGGGUCUCCUGGCGGCGAGUCAAAGGGGAGUGAGGCUCCCCGCUCCUGGUCUGCUCCGCGAGAGCCUCCGAGGAAGCAGAGCCGCCCUUUCGGUCUACCAGUGUCACCACCGAGUUGGAGAGCAGCGCGUUGAUAUUCGCCGCCGCCUGAAAGGCACACUGGUGCACCCGGUCGGCCUGGCGGGCGACAUACUCUCUGGGGGAGCUCAACGUAGGGCGCCGUCCUGUGGCGACGGAGAAGGGGACCGCAUGCUCGGCCGCCAAACCAGCCCCCUGCUCCGACUCUGUCUCCCCCGUCUGGGGGAGAGGAGGGAGGGGAGAACCGCAAGUGGGAUUCGGAGAGUAAGAAAAGAGAGGCCGGCAGCACUGAACCGACAACAAGUUCCUCCGCUCAGAGUCGGAGACUUUAUCCGGACGUUCCCGUUCAACGCAGCCACUCUGACGGCCUCGCAGCACACACUGGAUGUUAAAAAAGUGAUUCAUGAGCUGCACAAGCUCACUGCUCAGCUGGCUUCAAGAAAGAAGUUGAAGAGACGAGAGGAGGAGAGAGAUGGUGAAGAAGACUUUGAUUCUCUGUUGUGGGGGCCGAAGGACCCUCCAUUGCUCAGUCAUUGUGUUAAACCUUUUUAGAGGUGCAUUUCUUUCUUUCAGACUGAUGCAAAGCUUGAUUCCUUACUUUCUAAGAAAAGGGAAAUGUAAACAUCACUUUUCCCAGGAAGAAUGGUUCAGGAAUUCUGCUAACAUCUGUUCAAAGUAAUGAAUUGUAUAUACACACACAUGAUAUUAAUUAAAUAUCAUUAUUUGUAUGAAAUAUGUUCCUCUGUACCCUUAAAACAAAGCU